AUGGGGCGCGAAGAACAGGUCGAGGAGCGCGAGGUGCUCGAGUCCAUCUUCCCGGAAGAGAUUACAGAUAUUUCAGAGACUGAGUUCAGAAUACAAAUUGCCCUCGAUGUCCCGGGAGAGGAAGACGAACCGCCUACAAUGUUCUUACAGGUUCGCUAUCCGGAAGCCUAUCCCGAUGAGCCGCCCACGCUCGACCUACAGUCCGUACCCAACGCCGCGCCGUACGAGUGGUUCAACGUGUCGGAAGACCGAGAGCGCCUGCUAGAGGGGAUCGAGGAGACGAUUCAAGAGAACCUCGGCAUGGCCAUGGUCUUCUCGCUCGUCUCGGCACUCAAGGAGGCAGCCGAGGCGCUCAUCGAAGAGCGCAAGCAGGCGCGGGAGAAGGAGCAUGAGGAGCGCGCCGCGGAACUGGAGCGCGAGGAGAACAAGAAGUUUCACGGCACUCCCGUCACGCCCGAGACGUUCCUUAAGUGGCGUGCUGGCUUCAUCAAGGAGAUGGAGGAGCAGAAACAGCGGGAGGAGGAGGAGCGUCUCGCUGAGCUGAAGAAGGCCAAGAUCAAGGAGCCCGUCAAGUUGACGGGGAAGCAGCUGUGGGAGCGCGGCCUGGUUGGCAAGGUUGUUGACGAAGACGAGGAAGAUGGCGCGGGCUUGGCAGAGGGCGUCGACAGACUCAAGGUCGAGGCUGCGUGA